UUUCGACAUUGCUUGUGCCGCGGCGUCCGAUGGUCGUACGAGCGGGGUAAAGGAAGGCAAGCAGGCAGACAGACAGGCAGGCAGGCAAGCAGGCAGGCAGGCUGGCUGGCUGGCUGGCUGGCUGGCUGGCUGGCUGGCUGGCAGACAGGCUGGCAGGAAGGAAGGAAGGGUAGGGGAGAAACGAGAGAGGAAAAUUCUCGCGGACGUGCCCGAGUCGUACCCCGUCGUGCGCGCCUUCUUCUCCCCCUUAGUCGCUCUCCCUUCUUCUCGUGACGCGAUCGCCGGGAGAAAGAGAGAGAAAGAGAGAGUAUCCUUCGCGGGAACACCGUGAAUCGCUCGUCGACGUCGGGUGCGUACGAUGACGACGACAACUGCGACGAUAACCAUGUCCGUGUCUUCGAGAACAAACGAUCGCCGACGGCGCGACACCACUUCCAGGAACGACGACGACGACGUCGUGGUGCUGCUCCUCCGAGCGUCGUCCCUCCUUCGUGGCCGUUAAAUCGGCGUAGGUCGAUCGAGAGCCGGGGAGAGAAGAGUAGGGGGAGGAAGAGGCGAUUUUUACCCGACGGCGGGAACGACGGCGGGAGAGAGAGAGAGUGCGCUUCCUCCUCGGGAGCGAUUAACAGCUGGCCGUUCGCGAGGGACGCGACGCGCGCGCGAUCCAGUCGAUUUCUUCGGGGAGCGGAGUCGAGCCGCCUCGGCCUCCGCCGAGGCGCAAUAAAUAUCGACCACGGCACGCAAGCCGGAAGCUUAGCGAUGCGAAAAGUGGACCAUUCGAUAUCGGGCCACGUCAUAUCGCCCUGCGCCCGGCGUCGUCGAAAAGCCGCGAGAUGUACCGCGAUCACGACAUGUGCACGUUCCCAGGGGGUGGCUCGCUCGCGCACUCCCCGAGUAUUAAACGGGGCUCUUUCUCUCUCUUUCUCUCUUGCUCUCUCGCGCCAAGUUCGCGCUCCUCACGGUAGCGCGCUAACGGAUAUUCGCCGUAGCGAUACAGAUUGAUUUCCGUGUGUGUACCGAACCGGACGAGAAAACACGCUUUGGUCAGUGCGGUGCGACGGCGAACACCGAUUUCUUCCGCUCUCACCCCCCUCCGCCUCUUGCCCCUCCAGGGUCCCAUUGAAAAAAGAAGAAAUAUGUAGCGCAGCGUCCGCGGAGAAGCUGAGGAGCUGAAAUGUCUUUAGAAAAGGUGGGCGUGCGGGGGUGACUGGAGUGAUGGGAUGGGGCCAGAGCCCCAUGGAGUUCGGGUAGACCCGUCUCCGGCCCAGCUCCCCAGCCCCCUCCGCCAUCGGUAUCGCCACUGCUCCUGCCAGCGACGCAGAGGGCCGCCUCGAUCGCGAUGGAGGCCUCCUCUAGCAAUCAACAACAGAAAGAGAAGGAGCCACGCGUUCACAGGCCUUGCGCCUUCGACAAGAUGGAGGGGCUGGUGCGAGAGAUGCAAGACCCUGAGAGCGGGGUACCCGUGCGAAGUCAGAAACAGUUCCUCACCUCGAUCCCCUCAGCGUUCAUGGGUUACGACCUCAUCGAGUGGCUGAUGGAGCGGCUUGCCAUCGAAGAAUCAGUAGAGGCAGUCCAUAUUGCUAAUCAACUAUGCCAGUACGGCUACUUCUUCCCGGUGAACGACUCCAAGACGCUUACUGUAAAGGACGAUAGCUCUCUGUAUAGGUUUCAGACACCCUAUUAUUGGCCGUGGCAACAUAGAACCCCCGACAACGUGGAGUACGCGAUUUAUCUGGCUAAGCGAACCCUGAGGAACAAACAACGUCACGCUCUCGAGGACUAUGAGACCGAUGCUUUGAACAGUCUGCGCAAAAAUCUGCAGAACAAGUGGGACAUCAUACAACUUCAAGCCGAGGAACAGGUACGGCUGUCGAAGGAGCGCAAAAAGGGGGACAAGAUAGUGAGCGACUCGCAGGAACGAGCGUUUUGGAGAAUCUAUCGGCCACCACCCGGAUGUCUCAGCAGCCUGGAAGUCGUGCCCGUACCUACUCGUUUUCGUCCUGGACUUCCACGACCUCCGUCACGCAAACGCACUCUAACCGAUCUGCAACGUGAGGUGGCCCUUCUACGGAACAGUUUGAUACGCACGAGGAUCAAGGUCUCGACUGCGAUUGAAAAUUUUAAAUCAUACUUCGAAACGUACGUGGAAUACGACCCGAUGUUUGUACAGCCGAAUCCUUCCAAUCCAUGGAUCACUGACGAUCACACGUUUUGGCAACUGAAUAACCCCCUAGUGGAAGUUCCUACGGAGAAGCGUGUUAAACGAUGGGCGCUGUCGAUGGAAGAACUAAUGUCUGAUCCUACAGGUUUACAUGAGUUCACGAAUUAUUUAAGAAAGGAGUACAGCCACGAGAACAUCAGAUUUUGGGUGGCGGUUAAAGAUCUCAGGCACAGCUUCCAAGCACAGAUACCCGAGAAAGUCAACGAAAUUUUUAGAGAAUUCCUGGCGCCUGGGGCUCCCUGCGAAAUCAACAUAGACGGCAAAACGAUGGAGAAGGUUCAUCAAGAGAUGAAGAAUCCGAGCAGAUUUACGUUCGAUUCCGCCGCGGAGCAUGUAUAUACCCUACUCCUGAAGAAGGACUGCUACCCUAGAUUUAUUCGCUCCGAUCACUAUCGUAAUCUCUUAGCUGCCGGCGUGCAACCUCUGCAAAAGAAGAGGGAUGCUGGCGCGACGGAAGUGGCGGUUCGCCCUAUGGACGACGUAUGCCCAUGGGACGCCGCGCCGGGCCCGAGCACGGAACACGCGGCGGAUGCUGGCAAUGCGGCGGCGGCGGCGGCGGCGGCGAUGUCCUCUGGCGGGACAGCGUCAGCUGAUCAGACCCGACACGUGUGGGACAGCGGCGGCAGUCACGCGACGACCGCGCACUUCGCCGAGGCCGCACGUGCCUCUCGCAAAAAUUCGGCGCAACUGGACUCCUGCAGCUCGUCGUCGGACGUCAGCCUCGCCAUCGCGGAGGUGUCCGAGAGGCUGCGGAAGUCGUGCAGUUUGCAGCACAGCGGUAGCCUAGGUGCGCCGACUCCCGGCCCCGGCAUGAUGACGCGGAACUAUUCGACCUGCUCUGCGAGCGGCCGCAUCAGACUGUCCGAAACGAGCCGCGCGUCCGUCUCGUCUUGCAAUUAUCCGUCGCCCCAGCAGUCAUUCGAGUACUCUCACGCGGUAGUCGAGAAGGUGGAAGAAAAGUCGUCCUUGGAAAAAAUCGUGCCCGAAGAGGAGAUGUUCGCGGAACCCGUCGUCGUCGUUAAAGAAGCUCAAGCGAGCAGCAGUCCCAGAACGUGCGCGAAGGCGCCCCUGAUCAGUAUCAGCGCGAUCGUGGGCGACCUGCCGAGCGACAACUCCACGAUGGAGAACGCCGACGAGGACGCGAGCGAGAGCUGCACAGCGAAGGACGCGGGGGAGAUCGUCGCCGAAGAGAGAGGCGCGCGCGAGGACUCGCGAGCCGACACCGGGGCGGAUGUGUCGCCGGUGGCCGAGGAAUCGGCGACGACUGAGGAGCCGCCGGAGGAAGCGCAGGUCGUGCCUGUCUGGGAGCCGGACACCCGACAGGAAGAAGACCGAUCGGUGGCUCAGGCGGUGCCUCAGGAGAAGCGUGACAAUAAUGUUAACGAAGUAUGCCCGUGGGAGGACGAGGAAAACUGUAGAGUGGAUGCACCCUAUGUAAAAACCUAUGCGACUUUAGGUUACUUGUAAUUUGUCGUUGAUAUUAAAUCUUGCAUUUUGCAUUUGAACAUUCUCACGAGAUUCAAUUUCCACUUUUAAUCCACUUUACUGAGUGCUCGCGUGUCCAGACCGUCGAUCGCGGGGAAGUCUCGGUGAUGAUCAAUGCAGUGACAGUGCGAUGACAAGAGUCUUUCGGGAGAGGAGGGGUGAACGUAAAGUGUCUUUGACGAAACGAGCGCGCUCGUGGAACGCGAGAGAACCUGAGAUCUCCAAAUAGAACUCGCGCGCGCGCGCGCGGAUCCGAGAUCGUAUCGGAGUGUUACGCGCGAAUAAAAAUUCGCUCGAUGGAACCGAUGGGAAACGAGCUGCGGCGCAAAACCGUUCGCCAAUCUUCACAUCGAGUCGCGAGUAUCACGGCAUACGGCCUAACGAUUCGACUCGUUUCGAGCCCGAGGGAAUCCGCGAUGGAUUUCAUCGAGAUCUCGGCUUAUGAUCAACGACGUAGUGUCUCUCUUGCCUUCCCCGGCGUUUAGCGCGCGGGAUUAUUCGAUCUCCGUUGCUCUCGCGGCAGUACACUCUCAGUAUGCGAGGUAGGCCCUGCUCGAAGGAAAAAACUGAAAGGGAAGGAAAGCAUUCGCGAAGGAAAACGCAUUCGCUAGGAGCUAUUUGCGAGCAAAAUAGGCAAAACGCGGAGAAAAAGCGCGCUAUUGUUCGAAAGACAGCUGAAGGUGUAGCCUCCAACGUUGUUCGUAGACUUACGUAGAGUAGAAGAGCUUAGACGAUGUGUCGUGACGACGAAGUAGCGAAUUACAAAGUAGGAUCGUGUCUUUCUCUUUCUGUGUUGAGUAAGUAAGUGUUCGGCAACACGCUCGUUGCGCGAGCAGCGUAUUACAUUAUUGCGAAUUCGAGCGUGCGGAUUGGGAAUUCAUUGUGCUCUGUUCGACUUGGUAUUUCGUGCAGACGCGUGCUCGUCGGGGUGCCAGCCAAACCUGAGCCCUUUGGCCGCUCCCCAUGGUCGCGCUUUUCCGAGAUACUCGUUUUCCCUGUCCCCUCGCGAGUAGCAGCAUCUCGCGAGACUUUCCGUUUUGACGUGUCCCGGCUUAUCGCGAGAAUUACAUGACGACGCAACGACGAAUUGCGUCGUUCGUUCCUUGGAGAAUUCCGCGGGAAUUCCGUCGCGCGUCCUAAAAUGCGCGCGCGAGUGUAUCCCCUCGAAAAAUGUGUCCCUCUUCUUCAUUUCUUUCAGUUACCGCGAAAAAAAACACUAUAUCCCAAUGUCCGACGCGUAACUUAUAAGCGCAUCGAUGUGCACGUCCUCGUUUGAUGACUUACUUGCUAGAGUUACCGCUAAGUGUUAGCGUUAUUAUACGCCGUGUCUUACGAGCGUUCGAUAUUAAAACUAUUGACAAAUUAUCGUGACCUGAUAUAUUUCAUAAGUAUCUAAUCGCAGGUGUCUCACGUGUGUCACAUGUUACGUUAGAGCCCGUCGCAAUCGCCCCGUGUCUCAGUCAACUGAAUCGAUCUCUUCGCGUUGAUCCUCACGCGAGCGAAUUGACGGAAACGGGACGAGAAGGACGAGAUCCUCGAGAAUAAAAUCAUAUACACGUCACGCGAAUAGUUCCAAAGUCUCGAACUGGGCCCGCGGUUCUGCUACUGCCCCAGGACCUCCGACCCGGUGAGACGGUUAGACGUAUCCUUAUGUUAGGUAACGAAGAAGAGCACGCCAUGUGGAAGUUCCGAGACAAAACGCGCUCGCGCAGAAGGUCCCAUUCUAUAACUGUAACGUCGGUGUCUUCUCGUGCGUAGAUUUAAGAUUAGAACGAUACGUUUUCAGAUAUCGCGCUUGUGUAAUCUCGGAAACGCGUUUGUCUCUCGCGUAUCUUACGACGACGACUCCCCGGAUCGUUGAACGGGCCGACUCCUCGUUUCCCUCGGCGGAGGAAAACGGAUGAUUCAAUCAAUUCGGCAUUAGGGACGAAAGAACGAUCGCCUAACCGCGCCGCGUUUUCCCGACGAGGAGUCCAAAACUGGGAACGAAGGAGGGAAAACCUUGAGGGCCUCGUGAAUCUCCUCGCAACUGAAAUGAAUCGAAUGUUCACCCCCUUCCCCUCUCUCUCUCUUUGUCUGUCUGUUUGUCUAUCUCCCUCUCUUUCCCUCCCCAUCUCGGUUUGCCUUGAUGUAAAGAUCUUCGGGAUUAUUCGGGAGUUCGAAUUCUCUUUUUCUCUCUGAUUUUCACCCGCAAGACGGCGUUGACGAAGAGAAGAACGGGACUGAGAUCGAGAUCGAUUGCUCCGAUCCGAGCACAACGAGUAGCGCGCGAGCAAUGACGGUCUGGACACGCGUGCGUAAUCAUAAGGUCUCUAAAAGUAUUCACGACGGUCGUACUGUUAAUUCAGCAGCUCAACUUAAGUAUCAUAACGUUCUUACGAUAGGUUAGUCGAUAAUGAGAGACUAGAGAUAAAGACGCGUAUGUCCCGCGCGAUCUCGACAAGAAGCCAUGAGUAUAAUACACUUGCCAUACUGUGCGCAGUCGCUUUCCUUUCGUUCGCGCCGCCGGCGAUCGCGAAUCGCCGAGAUCAUUUCUCGAUUCCGCCGCCAUCCAGCGCGAUUUUACUUGCACGCGCCACGGUCGGAUCUCCGGCGAAAACACGACAGAAAACGAGGGAGAAAACUCGAGCCCGCUGGGGAAAACGCGCGAAUUGUAAUCAAGCAGGAGAGGAAACGGAGGAGCAAAUCAAAAUAAAUGCCACACACACACUUUACUCUCGCCUAAGGAAGCCACGUCUGUGUAAAUAAUUUCCGACAUCAUCGCGUAUCGCUUUCGAGAGAGAGAGAGAGUCUCUUGGAAAAUAUAUAUUCAUCGCAAAAAAGAUCUCGUCGUCGUCAUCGUCGUCGUCCAACGAGGGGCGCGCGCGAGGCUUUUUUUCGCGAAAAGAUCAGACAGGAAGGAUCUCCUUCGCACAUUUGAUCGCGGGAGCCGGCGAUCCGCCGGACGCUUCGCGUCGAGACGGUUACUUCUCGUUGUUUCUUUAUUAAAGUUUAUCACACUCGCAACGGAUGAUAGCGAGCGAUGUUGUAGAUUGUGAAUUUCGGCCAGACUUCUUUCCAGUGAACGUAAAAGUCGCGCAACAUCGAUUCCGUGUGUACUAUGUAAUGAUAAUCGCGGUAAAACGGACGUCACAAGUUUUUCUUUUCAUGUAAAAUAUUCGACAAAUCGAAAUCAACGUCCACAUAAUUGGCUAUAGUUAUGCAACAAUGACCCAACCCACAAAAUUAUGAUUUACAGGUACUGUAUAAAACAAAAAAGACCCGAGCUUCAUGGAUGCCUAAAAUUAAUUGAAAAUUAAGCAGGUUUUAUUUUCUACUAGUUGCGUCUUUUUUGACCCAUUUUUUAAAUGGUUAAACUUGCCAGUGAAUAUUCUUAAAGAAAAAAGAAUUCACCGUGCUUAAUUUCUUGAACGUUUGCGAAGAACUCUCUCUUUAUUAUUAUACUUUUAUUUAUUAUUAUUUAUACUUUUAAGAGGAUCCCAUAUUUGGAAACUUUAUCGAUAAAAUACUGAUUUUUUCUGCAAAGUUUACGCCGUAUUGAUUGCACACAAUUGCAAAUGCUUUUACACACUGAAAGUCGACAAUAACGAAUUAGAGUAUUGCUCAAAAUGUGACAAAAACGAAAUAUUUAAUAUUUUUAAAUUGACAUGCCGAGCUGUCAGUUGGCGUAAAUAUUUGCUGGAUGCAAAAGUGCUGCAGAUUGUACGUGUUGUAACGAAAAUUGGUCAAAAAGUAUUCUCGUAACAUUACAACUGAAUAUGCUUCAAAGGAUUAAACCAUAUAUCAAAAUUUUAUCUUCAUUUUCUUCGAAACGUACUCCAUGUGGGUCGGAUAUCGGUGUAUAACUAUGGCCAAUUGUACAGCAUUAUUCAGUCGCGACCGAAUCGCGAUCAUCUCUUGACUUGCGAAAGCGUCCGCGGAUCAUUCGGCCAAGUUCAGCAAGGCACUUGGAAGAAUGGCUCGAAAGACGAGCCGCAACCUUGAGCGCGUCCCUCACGCCGCAUUUUGUAUAACUUGAAAUCGCGACGCAUGGCUACAUCGAUUGCUCUUUUGGCAUGCCACGAUUGCGAGUUCACCUCGCGAAAGGUGAUAGAGAGAGAGAGAGAGAGAGAGAGAGAGAGAGAGAGAAAGAGAGAGAGAGAGAGUGAUUAAUAAUGUUCAACGCGACGCGCUCAGGAGCAUCGGUGAAACAUCUCGUUAUUCGGACGUUGUCAUCGGACGCGGUCGGAACACUUUUCGACGCCGCACAUCGGGAGGAAGCGCAAAAUUCUUUCGCAAACGCUCGAGAAAUAUUUCGAUUAUUUCCGGCAGAAACGGCGCUUAAUAUGAACAGACGAAAUGUGAUUAGUUCGCAUCAUUAGCGCGUAUAUUGUACGUAGACACGGGACGAGAGUUAGAUACGAAUAAGUG